GGAACUUUCCGUUAACUUUUUUUUAGAUAUACACAUUGAAUUAGAAGAGAAAAUCGCUAAAUUUAUGGAAAUGGAAGAAGCCGUUAUAUACUCUUAUGGGUUCUCUACGGUGACCAGCGCCAUUCAAGCUUACAUUAAGUCUAGAGAUAUUGUAUAUGUGGACGAAGAAGUGAACUUUGCCAUACAAAAGGGUCUGCAAUCUUCUAAAGCUGAACUGGUGUACUUCAAACACAACUGCCCAGAAGACUUGGAACGGUUGAUCUUAGAGAAAAAUGCAACAGUAAGUAAUCUGUCAAAGUAGUAAAAAAUGAUGAGA